AUGCAGAAUGACGAGAUCUAUCCAUCCCAGGAGUUUCACACUCAUCCCAAGUACUGGAGCGAAUGUCAGCAGGAUAUACUCGAAUCCGCUGCUAACUUCCAUUACGUGUUAUUACCUUUAAAACCAGCUUUUCCUGAGCUGACAGCGCUUCUUCUCGUUGCAAUAACAAUUCCUAUCCCUUCUACGAUGUGUGAACGAAUAUUCAGCAACCCAGCUCUUCUCGAUUCCAGCAAGUUCCGGCAGGUUCCUUACCGCCAGAUUCCGGCCGGAAUUUCAGAGGAAAUAUCCGAUCAGUUCCUGGCCGUUUCCAGCUCGAACUUUGCAGGAAACGGUCAGGAAAUGACUGGAACCUACGUUCGAACUUCGGGCCGGAAUCCGGCGGCAAGGAAAUGGUCGGAAAACGAACCUAACCGGCCGGAACCGACCGUGCCAUAA